UAGACCGAGCGAGCGAGCAUAACUCUACCAAACCACCGAGCAAUAUUAGUAGUUUGUAACCGAAUCCACACUGCAGCAUGGAAUGAAGCAUAAAUAUUGCACGAUUUUGUCAUCGCGUCGUCAAAUAGCGCAGACACAGUAUUAGCGACACAGUUAUCAUCUGUGUGGAGGACACACCAUUGUUACCACGUACACCCAGAAGCAAAAACAAAAACAACACUCUUUAUUACUCCUCGACGACGUAGACUGUAAAAAGAAAAACAAACCUACAGGAUCCAAUAUUUUGGUCUCGGUGCUUCGCAUGUUCCUUAGCGCUACAGUUCGCCGACACCUUUACUGAAACGUUACCCAACUACUAGUCCAAAUCUGGUACGGAAGAUAAAGUCCAUCACGCGCCCGUAAAGCAAGCAAGCGAACAAACAAAACACGAAGAAGGAUGAAAAAGUUCAUAUCCAAAUUCGAAACGAAAAAUGAACCCACGUCGGUGGGCAGUAGCCGGGAGACGAACAGUUUCGUCGGCAAAACGUUUAAGCUAAGCAAGGAAAACGUAGUCACCGUGGAAGAGGUACUGGCAGAGGGUGGCUUUGCCGUCGUGUUUCUAGUCAAAGGAGCCAAGGGAGAACGGUACGCACUGAAGCGGCUGUACGUUAACAAUGAGUACGAUUUGGGUGUGUGCAAUCGAGAGAUCAAGAUAGCGAGCAAUCUGAGCGGGCACAAAAAUAUCAUCGGCUACAUUGAUCACAGUAUCAAUGCGAAGGGUAAUGGCGUGCACGAGAUACUGCUGCUGAUGCCGUACUGCAAGACGAAUCUGCUUACGCUCAUGAACGCUCGACUCGCUACGGGCUUCAGCGAACCGGAGGUGCUGCAAAUAUUCUGCGACGUUGCGGAAGCCGUCGCCCGGCUGCACCAAUGCCAAACUCCAAUCAUCCAUCGGGAUCUGAAGGUGGAAAACAUUCUGCAGAACGAUCUGGGCAACUUUGUGCUGUGUGAUUUCGGUUCGGCCACGGCCCGCGUACUCAAUCCGACCAGCCACGGCCGUACGAUGGUGGAGGAAGAGAUCCAAAAGUACACCACCCUCUCCUAUCGGGCACCGGAGAUGAUCGAUCUGUUCAACGGGCAGGAUAUUACGGUAAAGGCGGACAUUUGGGCGCUUGGCUGUCUGCUGUACAAGGUGUGUUUCUUCACGCUGCCCUUCGGCGAAAGCGCACUGGCGAUACAGAGCGGCCAGUUUAGCAUUCCCGAUGGUUCGAAGUAUUCGCGUAGCGUGCACCAGCUGAUACGCUACAUGCUGGAGCCGGAUUCGGAAAAGCGACCAAACAUUUACCAAGUGUGCGAUAUCGCGUUCGGUAUUGCCGCACGAUCCAAUCCCGUUCGCAAUCUGACCAAAUGUAGCGUACCGCCGCUGGAAACGUUACCGGUACCACCGUUCGAGUCGGAAACGAAGCGAGUGCCGACAGUUGGCAGUGCCGUCGGGCAGACAGGUUCUACCCCGAAACCGACCAAACCGGUCGGCCAGCUUCCGAUAGAGGGCGGCACAAGUGUGGCUCCGCGCCAAAGACCAAAAGCAUCACAAGCGGCCACACCGAACGUUGGCGUAAAUAGCUUCUCGCUCGGUUUGCCACCGAACCCAUCGCCGAAAAACAUUCUUUCCUCACCAACGCCCGGUAUGGCACCGUCGGCAAUCGGUGCAUCAGGGACAGAUGCGCCGGAAGCAUUUGUUGCCAAAUUUACGGCCAAUUUUCCUCCCGCCACGAGCACUGUACCGGCAGCCUCGUCGAUUUCCACCAUCGACCAAUCGGCAGCAGCAGCAGCAGUGGCAACAACGGAUGGAACGGCAGUAACGGUAUUGUCCACACAGCAGCCCCCUGUUGCUGUUGCCGCACUGUUUCAAACAACCUAUCCCGAUCCAUUCCGGGAGGCGGAACUGGCUCCAAUUCCAAGCGGUGGAGAAGUUCCGUUGGCCGGUACAUCGGCCCAUAACUCAUCGUCCUCCUCGCUAUCGAUGAUACAUUCGCCAAGUCACGCCCCCAAUCCACAGGGUGUUCCGUCCAACACGACACAAACGCCCACCCUGGGUGGAUCGAAUUCAUCCUCGAGCAGUGCGGUUGCUGGGGGCAUCCUAGCGCCACCGAAGACGUCCGGCCAUCGACGGAAUGUCAGUGAUACGUCUGCCUUUAACAAAGCGUUCGCGACGGAAACAUCGCAGUUUCUAGCCCCAUUUGAUCAGGCGACCAACAACUACCAACCAACGUCUGCAAGUCCACCCGGGCAACAAACGACUGCUUCGAACGGUUCUAACAGUUCGCUUCACAAACAUCCGUCUGGGGUGUCCGCUGCGGGUGUUGGUUUUGAGCCGCGUGCCUCCAGCAUGGCGUCCAGCUCCAAUCCACAGUUGUAUCAGCAGCAGCGAUCUACAUCGUCGGCGGGCACUGGCUCAAACUGGAAUCCGUUCGGCGAUCCUACACCGUUCGCGCAGAUGACCGAGGAUCACAUUUUCGGCGAGGAGUUUGACAAAAUCCGUGAGCUAGGCAGUCAGGGCAGUUUAAAGACGCCACCGGAAGUCCCGCGGCACUCCUCAUUGCCGCUCAUACAGAUGGUUUCGUUGCCGGCAGGCAUUCAGCAGGCGGCUCCCUUUUCCCCAGAGAACAUCCCGGACACACUUGGCGACGAUGAUGAUCCGUUCAGCUCCGCUCCAUUCUCGAUGCCGGUGCGUACCGACAAGAGCAAAUCGUUUAAACUGUCCUCGCGCAAAGUGAUCGUCAUCGAUGGUGGCUUUAGUACGCAGCUGUCCGAACAUGUCGGUGCAAAACCGGACAAAGAUCCGCUGUGGACGUCACGCUUCAAUGCAACCAAUCCGGCCGCCGUACUGGAAACGCAUCUGGACUUUCUGAAGGCGGGUGCUGACUGCAUACUGACCAACACGUACCAAGCGUCCAUCGAGGGCUAUAUGGAUUUUCUCGAUCUCAACGAAGAUGAGUCGGUGCAGUUGAUUAAGGCUAGCGUCGAGCUGGCAAGACGUGCCCGGACCCGCUACCUGGCCGAAAAGUUAGAGAACAAAUCCCACAAAAUACCGUGGGUGGUAGGUUCGAUUGGACCGUACGGUGCGCAUCUGCACGAUGGAUCCGAGUACACGGGUGCGUACGCAGAUCAGGUCCCGGCUAACCGGUUGCAGAAAUGGCACCGACCGCGGAUUAACGCGAUCGUGGAGGCGGGUGUUGAUGCGCUUGCGAUCGAAACAAUACCGUGCCGGAUGGAGGCGGAAGCACUGCUAGAUCUGCUGACAGCGGAACAUCCGACUGUACGGUUCUGGAUUUCGUUCCAGUGUCGCGACGGUUCGACUAUAGCGCACGGCGAACAAUUUGCCGAAACGGUGAUCGCCUUGUGGAAUCGGGCAAAGCAACUGUCCAACCCUAAUCUGCUAGCGCUCGGUGUGAACUGUGUUAAUCCCCAGCAUGUGUUGCCCCUGAUACGGUCGGUAUAUGAACAGUGCGGUGCGGGAUCAUCAUCCGACGGCAAUCGCAUCCCGCUGAUCGUGUAUCCCAACUCCGGUGAGCAAUGGGACGCGAUCGGAGGAUGUUGGCGCGGUGCGGACAACCUGACACCGCUGGAAACGUACCUACCGCAGUGGGUGGAAAUGGGCGUCAAGUUUGUCGGCGGCUGCUGUCGUACUAAUGCGCGGGACAUAAAACGGAUGAAGAAAACCGUCAUCGGGCUGUACGGGAGCCGUAGCAAUGAGAACUAAGGCGACUACAACUGAAAGACAUCUCCGGACCCGGGCUGGUCUCGUUUCAAUCGGAUGCUGUGAUUUAGUUUGGAAGCAAAUUUAUGUUCGUACCGAUAAUGGCAGUUCGUAUCUAAAAGCAAUCGUUAUCAAUCAA